UACUGUACAAAACAUUUUAGCCCCAUUUGAACCCUGACUUCCUGGUUAGGCCUCUAGGUUGGCUGGUAAACUUGUACGCUGAGACCGCACUGUUGGACAUGGCGUCAACCGUUGGUAGUCGAUCCGUUAGACCCCUAGUUAAUCUUCCGGGGCAAAAGCCGUCGUCAAGAAGCCGUUUUCCAAAAUCACACGGGAGUCGCCUCCCUGCCGGUGGACUAAAAAGGUUUUGCGGUUCUAAGCUAAAGUCGUCGUCCACACAAGCUUCAAAUCAACGGGCAUCUGGUACCUUCUGCUGUUUCGCUAAUGCCUCUUGGAUGGAAGACGACUUUGUUCCUCAACCAUCCUUAGCACACCGAUUGUCGAGAGCGUGGCAAGUCGUGUUUCCGACAAGAAGAAAGGGACCAAGUGUAGCGGAGGUGGCGAAGGAGAGAUUGCGGCUAGUGCUCUACAGCGACCGGGAGGAAUUCCAUCCGAGACUAAAGAAGCAGCUGUGCGGAGACAUCGUGACCGCCAUGGGUGAUUUCUUGGACGUGGCUGUGGAGGACGAGGAUGACGUUAUCUUCAGAGUGACCAGGGACCCAGUGGUGGGCUCCGUCUACAACGUCAGCGUGCCGGUGAAACGGGUGAAGCCAGCGCUUCAGAAAGCAUUAUAAAUAUGUUCAAUAUUCGUUGGUGUUUCAGUUUUGCGUUUCCUCUUGGCAUGUUAGGAAUACCUAGCCUUCAUGGGGAACACGCGGCUGCUACACUGUUUCGUAUUCUGUUUUGAUUGCCGUUACCUUGGACCACUGACACCUGACAAGGGGCCUAUUUGAGCAGGUUUUGUAUGAUGUAUUUUUUCCACCUCAUUUGCAAGUAUACAUAUAUAACGUGUUGGGCAAUACAGA